GAUGUGUAUCUGCCUAUACCAAUACACAUACAAUCACCAUGUCGGACCAAACGUUUGGUAAAUAAAACGUUAAAAUGGCAGACGGUACGGGUAUACAUUUAGACCCUGCUACUCUGACCCACUUGAGGUAUCUCUUAGAAAAUGGAGAACCUCUUGCUUACAGGGAGACAGAAUCGCUGGAUAGCCAGGACCUUGCAUCUGCUAGGAGAUACGAAGACGGGACUGAACUGAUACAACUUUUGAAGGAGUUCAUUGAGGAGAAGGACAUCGAUGAAGCCAAGGCAACACUUCAAAAAUUUGUAGCCUUGGAACUAGACAUCAGGGAAUUUCAACUCGACAUACCCCAGAAACCAAACGAACGCACAACCAACGAGACUAUUCUCCAUCAUGCAGCCAAGUACGACACCGGCGGGAUUGUUAGUGCUAUCUUGGACAAGUUCCCGGUGCUGGUCUCCGAGGCGAAGAAGGGAUCGGAGUACAAGGGGCAGACCGCACUUCAUAUCGCCAUUACGCGAGCCAACAAUGCGGCCAUAGCUCUCAUUCUUAGGACUGCAAAAAGAUGUGAUGAAAUAGUCCUAAAAAAACAAGGAGAGAAUGAAGACGAAGUUGGUGAAAAACCCCGUAUGCUUGAGAACCUACUAAACACUAGGGCGACCGGAAGUAGAUUUGAAGGAACAGUCAUGAUGGGAGAAUUACCGCUUUUUGUUGCUGCGCUUAAAUUUGAUUUCGGCAUGGUAGACAAGCUGAUUGAUUUUGGAGCUAAUAUAUGCACAAGGAAUGAAAGUUAUGAUACGAUAUUUCACUCUAUGAUUAGGUAUCUGAGCAGAAAAAGAGACAAAGAAGACGAAGUCAAACGCAUGAUGAGUCAUCUCACCGGGCACCUCAGAGACAUCACCAAGAAGAAGAAAGAAGAAAUGGAGAAGGAAGAUAUCCAUCGAUUAGAAAAUUCUGACAAUCCUGACGAAGACAAUAUUAAGAGCAACAUAACACGUUCUAACAAUUAUGUUCAUCUCUGGCUGAUGAAGGAUAAAGACGGGUUAACUCCCUUGAAAUUAGCGGCAAAACACCAACUGGUUCACAUAUUUGAAUACAUCCUAGAACUGAAGGAUGUCUAUUGCUUUCAGAACGAGGAUGAGGGUUUAUUUGACAUCAAAAAGUAUGACGUCACUGAAAUAGAUUCCAUUGCUAACACAGAAAUUGAAGAAACGCCAAACGAGGAAGACACGAACACGAACACUUGUUGCAGCAGCUGUCGAAUCGUCUUCCCAAAAAAGGAAUCUAUCCUGGAAAUGCUGUUUGAUAAGAACUACACUCGAAAAUUUUCUUCUAUCAUCAUAGAAAUGAUGCCAGUGAAGAAGUUGAUACAGAAGAAAUGGAAGAAUGUUGUCUCUCUAUAUUCAUUGUGGAUGCUGAUCCAGGUGGUACUGAUGGUUUUUCUGAGUGUAUACGCGGUAGAACGUUCCUACUGGCACGAGUCGGAGAUAGAAAACACCGGCACGGGGUUAGGUAACUACUUCAAGAACAAUCAGUCUUUACGCUUAUUCCUCACCUCGUUCCAGUGGAUUGCAUUCAUCAUAGCCAUCUUCUACGUCAUUAUUGUCAUCCUCUGUGUUAUUUCGAAGCUAAAACGACCAAAUCCGGAUAGAUACUACAUGCACAACAUUGAAUACAUCCUUCUGAUGUUGAUCUUUGCUUUGGCUGUGAUUGUGGACGUUCUGAUAACACAGGCAGUGGGACGACAUGACGGAAUUCCACUUAUCAUCGCACUAUUCUCAGGUUGGUGGUUCAACGUCUUUUUUCUCCGUGGUUGGCAUCUCUUUAGUUUUUUCACGGUUAUGAUAAAGGAGGUAAUUUUUGGGGACUUUCUACGAUUUUCCGUCAUAAUUGCGUUCCAGUUGUUCGCAUUUACGACGUGUAUGCACACGAUGUUUCAAGGAAAAGAUGUUCCUGCCAUUGACGGAAGCGAUGACAACCACUUCUUCACAACACUUAUUACCAUGUUCAACCUGAUGCUGGGGCUCGGGGAGAUCGAAUGUCUGUCCCAAGCUCGCGUCAAAUGGCUGGCUCUGACUCUCUUUGUUCUCUUUGUCCUUCUGACAUAUGUCCUUUUGCUUAAUGCCCUGAUAGCCAUGAUGUCAUCCACGUGCGAGAGCGUGCUUUCCGAGAAGUACUCGGUGUGGAGAAUCCAGCAGCUGUCAAUCAUCCUUUUCAUCGAGGAUCUGUUCCUUGUCUCCUUUCUCCAACGUUUAACCCGCAGUCCAGCAAACAAGCGCUACCAAGACAUAUACGAUCCAAUCAUAAACAUGACCUCCCGGAACCAACAGCGUUACAUGCUGGACAUGCAGUCUCGCAAGAUGACAUUCACCGAAGAGGAAACCGACGUGAUGAAAAGGAGAACUCAGGAGGAGAUCAGGAAAACUGUCAACCAAAAACUCAAACAAAAUAUGGAGGAAUCUAUUUCUGGCCCGAAAAAGAGUGACGAACAACCUUUGGUUGAGAACGAUUUCCUUACGAGGGACAUUGAAGGGCCAAAACUGAAGCCGUACACCCGUGAAUUUAAGGAGGAGCUCCCUAAAAUCCCUGAGGAUAACUCUACUCAGGCUCGUGUUAGCAAAUGGAUGUCAACCAUGCAAUGACUUAUUGGCUGACAAUUCUACUUAUUAAUUGACCCAUUCAGCGUUGUAAAUAUUUAUUGAGUGAAAAACUUGAAAGACCUCUAAUAUCUGGUGUUUACGCAAACAUCCUAGAAAUGAAGACAAUGAAUACACAAAUAGUAAUUGAAAAGUAGUGUUACAGAGAUUUAUAUAGAAUUAUUAUUGUUAAUGACAUUAUAAAUACUUGAGAUUUA